AUGGCCACCGCCGCUGUCAACUACCCUUUUGCUGCUAUCCCAGGCAUUGGCCGCGCUCUUACGGAGAAGGACUUGUUACUCUCUAACGAGAUGUACAACGGCCUCACCCCCAUUGAGAAGCAGGUCAGGCUCCAGGGCUCUCAUGAUGACCACAUCAACGCUUUGCUCGCCAUCAUCAAGGGCCACGGCAUGGACAGCGUCUUCGGAGUUCACUCACUCCAUUGCCAUGAUCGGGUCCCCGAGAAGACGAUCCGCCUUGAGGCCGACGCAACUGGCGUCGAAGGGAUGAAGUGGACCAGGGCCACGCCCAUCAUCGACGCGCUUCUUGCCCAGGACAAGAUCCACGCUACCUUCUAUAAGGUCGAGGCCAACGAUUUGGUUCCCUUCGAGUUCGGCGCGGGCCCAUCGCCCCUUAAGGAGCGCGAGAUCCCCGCGCAGUUCAUCCCUGACAUGGCCCAGUACCUCUGCGAGCACGACCUAACCAACCUCAUCGCCAUCGAGGUUGGCGACUUCACCAAGGCUCCUAGCGAGCGCCCCAAGCGCACGUCCGAGCUGGAGGUGGUCUGGGGCACCAUCGAGAAGCUCACCGUCGUUCUGUCAUACGAUAAGAUGGUCGAGGGAGUCUCGAAUCCAGUCCCCACGGGCUGGAAUAUCCAAGACCAAGACCCGGAGGAGUCCGGCCCUGGCCCAGGUGAGCAUUGGAAUGAGGCCACAAAGUCCGAUGGCACAAAGACCCACAAGGUCCAUGUCGACAGUGUCGAGCCCGUCACCCCUCAGCUUCUUCAUACCGCUCUUGUCGACCAGGGGUUCAUCAAGGUUCUCUAA